UUGUCAUGAUAUAUCAACUUGAAUUUAAGUAGAAAUUGUUUCCAGUUGGACCGCCGACGCUACGGUUUAGCCAACAAGAUAAUAAACUAAAUUUUUUUCUCUAAAAGAAAUGAGAAAAAAAUUAACUGAAGCCUGAUCAAAAUUUCAACGGGACAGUUGUUAGGUGAGUGGGCUUUGAACUAAAAUGAGCAGUGACGUCCAUCUGGCCUACCAAUGCAAGAAAACAUAUGGACUCCAAUCCAAUGGGCCUUCCCCCAUUAAAUUCUCCUUUACCGAAAGAAGACCGUUGCGGGUUGAGCCAACCAAAUGACGUGGCUCCACCGAGACGCUCCCGGUUUCUCUCUACCUUUUCUUAAUCUCCCAACCAAUCAAAAUAGAAUAAACAAUUUAAAUUUCCCCCCAAUUUGACCGUUGGGAAACAGAUCUCAAAACCCGCCCAAAACGUUCAAAACCACCCACACAGAAAGCGGAACCUUUCACUCCUCUCUACCUCUCUCUGUUUCUAUCUCUCUUUCUGCCCUUCCAAUCCCCACAUAAAAUCUUUCCAUGGCAGAAAACAGUGAAAACCCACCAUCGUCGUCAUCAUCAUCGAUCAUGGUUCCGAAGCCGCAGCACCCGCUCCACCAAAUUGCGGAAACCCCGACCCACAAGCUCUUGCUGAAGCAGUGGCUGAAGGAGGAAGAACUGAUCCUGAACAGAGUGUCUUUCAAGGAGUCCCAGAUUGACUCUGUUCGCCGGGAAAUCACGCAGCUAUACGUCUUCUUCUUCCUUUUCCACUCCAUUUCCUUGCUUCUCCUCUUCAACCACGCUUCUUCUGUUUCCUCUUCUUCUGCCUCGUGCAAACGAUCCUGGAUCCCCUCGCUCUCUUCGCUGCUCUGCUCGAUGGGGAUCGUGUGGGCGGUUCGGUACAAGACAGAUGUGGAAUCCCACAUGGAGAAGCUUCUGGAGAGGGAGAAGGAAGACGGGAAGCUGCUGGCGAAGUGCGUCGAGGAGUUGAAGAAGAAAGGUCUGGAAUUUGAUCUGUUGAAGGAAGUGGAUGCUUUGAGGAGGGCGAAGAGCUUGAGGGUGGAAUCCAAGGCCGUGAAGAAGUGGUCUGCGAGGGAUUUUGCGACUCUGUUUUUCUUUACCGUUUCGUGCCUAGUUCUCGGUUUAACUAGAGUAAUAUUGUGCAGCUAGAUUAUAAUUGGCUAAGGGAUUUCUCCCCGAUUUCUCUCCUGUUUUGGAGAAUGCUCUGUUUUUCCUUUUGUUUUAUUGGGAUGAUUUGUUUCAUUUUUUGGGAAGGAUGGUUCGAGGAAUUUAUGGGUAAAGGGGAGAUGAUUGGUUGCAGCGGAAUGCUCUGUUCUGCGUAUUAUUUUGUGUAAUGGCUUGGAAGGAUCCUGUAAUAAGAUAAUAAUGAGCUAAUCUUACA